AUGGCUAAGAUUCUGAGCAGCUAUCAAAGCUACAAGAAGACGGAAGAAAUUACCCGCAUGACCCUACAAGAGAAGCUUGCUUCAGAAUAUGGGGAUGCGUGUACUGUUGAUGAGCUGACACAUAUAGUCCAACGCCAUCUGGAAGAGAACAACAUCAAGCAUCUAGAUAUAGCUGGUUUCAAUCAGCUGGAACGACAUUUGAAUAACUUUCUCCGACUAGUCAGAAUCAGGAAGACACAGCUAAUGAUGGGGGUUGUCAAAGGCCUGCAGGAGAAGGAAACACAGCUGAAGAGAGAGAACAGCAUUAUAAUGAAGGAGAUUGAGGCAGCAAGGAUGAAUGAGAAUGAGAUGAAUGAGGAUUCUGGUGAUGCUGCUGCAGCAGCAACACCUCCGUAUACAGACUUUCAGGUCACCUGGUGAUGGUUGGUUGUUUUUGAAAAGGCAAAAUAUCUCUCCAUCAUUUUGCGAUGUGUUAUAUAUAUUAUAUAAUAUAUAUAUACUAUGAAGGAGAAAGUUGAAUUGUUUUUCAAGCAGUGAUGGUUGUCACCCUCUAUCUUUGCUGUGGCUAAUAAUGCAGUGAACUCUUUAUUCCUCUUUGUAUUUCUGUUUUCGUCCCCCACCCACACAACUACCUUAAAACUGAAGUUAAACAGCAAACAGCCUUGUAAAUUUUACCCCUCUAUACUGUGUAAUGAGUUUCCAGUGUAUGCGAGUAUAUGUGCUUGUUUGUAUGAACCAUAUAACAUACCAUCUUCCAUCCAUCACUUGUUGCUAAAACCUGUCUCAUAUUACCUCAUCACAUAUAUAUUAUUAUAAAGGGUAAACAUUGAAAAACUCCAACAAACUAUGCCCAGUGCUUCAGAUUAGUCACAACUUUUUUUGUUCCAAUUAGGUCCUUAUUUGAAAAAAAAAUUGUACACCUAAAGAAAAAAGAUGUAAAUAUGGCUAAAAGGAUUUUAGCUGUGCAAAUGCUUUUUGCCAAAAUGGAACACAAAAAAUCGACUCUGAUACAGCCAUCAGACCUAACUGGGACAAAAAAAAAAAAAAAAAAGG